CGCUAUCAGUUCAUCAUUUUACUGUCGGUUACUGUUGCUCGCGGUUGUCACAAGGAGGAAAAACAAACCGAGCGAGAAAGAGAGAUUGUGAGACUGAGACUUAGACUUCCGGCCUGUGCUUUCGUGACACAGUGGGAGCACGUUCGGUCGCUGUUGGUGCUCCUUUUGUGUAAAGUCGUGCAUCAACGCAAGCCGUCUGUGUUUGUCAAGUGGAAAAGUCAAACGGUUACCUCCGUCUGAUAUACUAAACUGAGAGGCCAAAACCGUUGCUGUUGUCUAAAUUCAUGAUAACACAAGUCUCCAGGUGUUGUGAAAAAAUUAUAGAUCCUCUACGUUCUUCGGAAGUCUGCACACCGGAAGUGAUUUGAAACAGUGAAAGUGUCUAGUCCAUUUUUCCACUGAGGAUCCGAACCAAUCAGAUGAGCAAAAAUGAAUAAAUAUUUAAUUGGAAGACUGUUAGUUUGCUUGUUGAUCAUGUUGGUUGCAGGUGUGCACGGUGCUAGCAGUUAUUUCUAUGACUCAGACGAACGAUACCCAAACCCGCUGGAUGAUGAUACUGAAGGUAGCGAUAAAAGCUUAGCAGACGAUAGUUUUCUCGAUAACAUGUUGCAACAAGGUGCUUCCAAACGCUCGUCUCUGAUUCAAGUCUACCGGAGGGCGUGUAUACGACGUGGUGGUAACUGUGACCAUCGAUCCAAUGACUGCUGUUACAACAGCUCCUGCCGAUGUAACCUGUGGGGCUCUAACUGUCGCUGUCAGCGAAUGGGCCUGUUCCAAAAAUGGGGAUGAAUGGUGAGUGCUCUGACCGGAAUGACCAAUGUGUCGGUUCCGUUGGUAGUCGCUCUUUUGGUAGCAUUUGUGCGACUGCCAGCGGCACCGGAUGGUGGAAAAUGUGACACAUAAAAACGCUUUCGUACAACGGCUGAUGAUUUACGGUGCAACGUUUGGACUCUGGUGCAAUUCUUAUACCACUGGGUAUUGGAGAACUACGGCGAAGACUUGUAUGCGGCAAACUGAAACACACAUUCGUACAUGAACACAUGGACGAGGAACAAACAAAUAGGUUCUAAUACAAUGUAUUUUAUGGUGAAAUCUGGUUCAUGCGCUUUUAAACUAAAUCAAAUUAAAAGGGAAUGAAUCGAAUUCUAUGGAUCUAUCAACUAUGUAUUUUAAUGUUGACGGCAGAAGGGUAAUUUUAUAUAUGAAAACAAAAACCAAAACAGUAGAGCAUUGAAAAAACAAUGUGAGGAAAUAUGUUUUAUAAAAAAACACAACGUAAUGAUAAUGAUAAUAAUGAUAAUGAUAUAAAUGAUAAUAAUAAUAUACAGAGAGAAAAUAUUGUCUGAGUUGAUCAGAAUGUUAAUUUUAUUCAUUUUUAAACAAUGAGUUGAGAGAAGUCAUGAUGCAAGCCUAAUGGGCAAGAAUUAUUUAAGAUCUAGAUCAGAUAGUCAAACAAGUAACCACAAACUAAAAAACCAUGAAGCAAAAUAUGAACCAACCGGCAGCUAGUUAUCAAUUACUCUACGUCUACUUAAGGCCCCACGAUGUUGAGAGGAGCUGAGCUAACUUCAACUUUGUGAAACGACGUUAAAUGUUACUUUCAGAUGUCCAGUGGAUUUUGAUACGACUAAUUUAUUUGCUGUUUGUGUAAUGGGAGCAGAUCAUUAAAAUAAAAAGCAAACAUUUAUAUUAUGUUAGGGACUGAUAUCGGAUCAGUUACGUAGGUAAUAAAAGUAACAAUAGCAGUAGCAACAGAGGAAAAGUGAUCGGAGCACAGUUCCCCUCGAAUCAUCGGACAGUCCAUCGUCCACCGGACAGCAACCGUUUCCCAGCCUCUAAAAACGAAUGUGUCUUGGUCGAGUGAGAAAGGUACUCCGAAAAAUCUUUUCCUCGAGUACUUAUAAAUAAUAUUUACCAAUAAAACCCAAACAAAUAUGAGAUUAGCUUAAGCACACUUAUCAAACUUCCUCUCCGAUGUUCUUAUACCAUAGUUAUACGAUUUAUCUCCCCUUUUCCAGCAUGUUUGUUACUGCUCGUUCACUUCUAGUCCUCUAGCAACAGGAACAUAUUGGCAUCUACACUCGUUAUGAGCUUUGCGUUCAUCCUCUAAACAAAAGUGAUUGAAUUAUCUAAUAAAACAUCCAUUAUUGUCAUGCAGACUGACAGUUCAAUCUUUUUCAAACGUAUGAAUGUAUUUCACUCCCAAGCAACCAGCUUAAUUAUUACAUACAUUUUUGGAGAAUUCCCGCUAUUUGAUUCAACUUUGGUGUGGAUCGUUGAAUAUCGAGAACUUAAUUGCCCUCUGCAAAGAACGCGGGAAUGUUGAAAACAAUCCAGCCAAAUUUGGUGGCAGAUAUCACUUUUAAACAAUAACAAAUCACAAUAUAAUAUUUCUGUAAUACCUAGUGGAAAUAAAAAAAAACUUACUGGCAUUCAGUUCGAGCAUCUGAUUUUUCAAAAUACUAUGAAUUUCACUGAACAGGGGAAAAUGGUUUCAUCUAAGGUUAGACUGAUUUGUUUGAUAUUCGUCGAUAGUUCAAACAAUACAUCAUAAUGGAAUGAAUGAAUGAAUCCAAUAAAAUUUAUAUUCUAAAAUAGAUUCCCUAAUCACAAUCAUGUGAAGAAGUGAAAUUGAAGAGUGAAUCCAACUCCCACACGGAGAGAGAGAGAGAGAGAAACAAAGAAUGUAUUCCGGUGAGACUUCCCAGUAAGCCAUGAAUCACAAAGAAUAUUCGAACGUCAGCAUUCAUAUCUUGGCCAUCUUGACCAUGGGAAACCGGUGGCAUGUGAUCAACUGCUGGCUCCAGACAAACCUACGUCACGCAACAGCCUCAUGAAGAAUUUUCCAUCUUUUGAUGCCCCUCUGGAUGAUAGAAAACAAGUGAUAUGUUUUUCUCUCUACCAACCCCAAAAUUUCCCCUCCCACCGUUUGUUAUCGACAGGAGCAACUCACUGUCGUCACGAGGGCGUCAAAAACAUGUCCCCGCUGGCUUUGCUGACUAAUCGGAAUGGAAAUAUAAACUGCAGACUAAUGACUUUCCGACCAUUUUCAUUGCAUGUUCUCCAUUUAGUCAUCGGUUUUGCCUCAGCAUCCGACCACUAAUCAAUGGUCUCGUAACCAGAGGCCUCUUCCAGGGUGGUCGCCUCGGCAUUUGUGCCAAAAGUUCCGCAACGCAUGCAGAACGCUCUAUCGAAUGUAUUUUGGUUUCCCACACUAAUUGAAUUACCAAACCCAUUAGAGCUAGGUUGCUGCUGACAGGCGCCCUUUGUAAAUGUGUAAAAAGUGUAAAGUGUAAAAGAACCUGAUAAUAGCACGCAAAGGGAUAAACAAACUAAGAAAUAAACAAAAUUAUAGUUCAUUUAACAAAAAACAUGUAAGCAACGUGAGUUCAA